UACCUCUGCGCAUGUUUACUGGUUUCCCCUAAAGUUCAUUAAGUAUUUUAGGAAAAUGUGUCACCCAUUGCCCACGGUAGAUGGAAGACGGUCCCUCCCUUCUGUCCUGAGAGCCUGGGAGUGGAACAGGAGCCGGAGCCAGAGAUGCUGCAGCGCGACCCCUGCAGCGCUAGGACCCAGGAGCAGCCGGGAGGCGGCUGUGGGGCAGCGAGCGCUGGGCUCCGGCCCGGCAGCAGGAAGUGACUCGCAGCCGCUGCGGUGACUCUGGCUCCCAGGCUCCUGGCGAGAUCCCCGAGCCCCGGCGGCUGGUGCUGGGAGCCCGGAGCCCUGGCUGCAGCCGGGAGAGGGGAAUCUCCAGCAGGGCCCUUCCCGCUGCUCCCCAGGAGCCUCUCCCAGGGCAGAGCCCCCAGCCCGGCCCGGCCCCUGCCCCGGGGGGCCCCGCUCGGAGGGAAGGGAUGGAGAAGCGCACUAAGAAGAAGCAACUAUCCAGGUGGGAUAGAAAGAAGAUGAAGGAAGAUGCAAAUCGAGUAAAAGAAUCGUCAAAAUAUGUGAGGUUGGAGACCUACUUUUCAUUCGACAUGCCCACAACUACUUUUGCACCAGAGGUGGAACAUUUUGAAGACUUGCUCCCUACCUUCAGCCAAAGAGCUGGAGAUGGUGGCCUGGCCGUUGCGGCUUCACCAGAGAUAAAACCCUCUGAAGACUUGUUAGUACCUACCUUCAACCUAGGAGCUGAUUACAGCAUCCGGGCUGCUGCGGCUGAACAGGUAGUGGAAGUGGAGUCCUCAGAAAACCUGAUUACUUCAGCAGGCUAUUAUGCAGAGGACCAGAAUGACACAGUAAGACUCCAUGCUAUCGUUGACACACAUAGGGAAUACCCAACAGAUCCACACUUGUUUUGUGACACACCCGUAACACCUGAUCUAGUACGUGCUCUGCUUGAGUUAGGCCCUUGUCAGCCAGGACUUAAAGAUAAUUUUGACAAUUUUCCAAAAGAUGAAGCUGGACGUCAUUUCAGUGCAACUUGGUACAAACAAAAACAACUAAAAAGUGCUUGUACAAUUGACCGGCACUGGCUGGUUUACUCACCAAGAGCAAACAUUAUGAUUUGUUUUGCUUGUUGGCUUUUUGCAAAUCGGCCAAAUACUUGGAGUGAUCCAAAAACUGGUUGCAAGAAUUUUGCUACAGGUACACACAAAAUUGAAAAACAUGAAAAAAGUGAAAGUCACAAAAAAGCAGAGAAAGAACUUUUCCUUACCAAAUUCCGUUUGUUCAACGAUAGAACAGUCUCGGCUGGUUUAACGGCGGAAAGAAAAGAGAGAGAAAAAAAUAGGAUGAUUUUACGACGUAUUAUAGAUGCAGUUCUCUUUUUGGGAAUUCAGGGAUUGGCAUUCCGUGGUCAUGGCGAGUAUCGAGGUUUAGGUUCCCCAAGUACAAAUGAAGGCAAUUUUUUGGAACUUAUUAAGCUGUUGGCUAAAAAUGAUACAUUACUGGAACAACAUUUAUUACAGAGUGAUCGAAAUGCAACAUAUCUCAGUCCUGACGUACAAAAUGAUCUGAUACAGUCCUUAUCAGCCGAGCUUCUCUCAAAGAUAGUAGCUGAAAUCAAAGUAGCUAAGUACUUUGCCCUAAUUGUUGACUCUACUAUUGAUAUCAGCAGAACCGAUCAAUUUUCUUUAUCCUUACGAUAUGUAACAGUAAACGGUGAUGCAGUGGAACGAUUUAUACAGUUCAGCGAAUUACCUGGAGCAAGUGCUGAAGAUUUUUUCAACGUUCUUCUUUCAGCAAUCAAAAACUUGGGGCUGUCAAUAACUAUGUGUUACGGUCAGUCUUACGAUGGAGCAAGCACCAUGUCGGGUGAAAUAUCAAGUCUCCAAAGUAGGAUACGGGAAAUUGCUCCAAAUGCACUCUUUAUGCACUGUUGUGCACAUAAUUUUAAUUUAAUUCUGAUUGAUGUAUUAAGCUCCAAUAUUCAAACUCGGUUGUUUUUUGGAACUCUAGAACGUCUGUAUACUUUUUUUUCUGGCAGUUUACCUCAUCUUUCAAUACUAAAGGAAGAACAAUGCAAUCUUAUUGAAUCUUUUGCAUUAACUCUAAAGAAACUUUGUGAUACCAGAUGGGCAUCUAGAAAGUCUGCAGUAGAGGCAGUCUUGAAAAAUUUACCAGCACUAGUAAUUGCCCUGCAAACAAUUGUGGAUGGUGAGAUAAAAACCUGUACUCCUAAACAGCUCAGUGAGGCAAAGAGUAUUCUGGCAACACUUGAUACUUACGAAUUCUUAGUUCUUCUUAUAUUCUGGAGUAAAGUGCUGGAGAAGGCUUUCCGUUUAUCCACCUAUUUACAGAAAAGUAGUCUAGAUCUGGUAACAGCUUCUCAUUUGAUUCAGAUUUUUGAAAAUGAUAUGAAAAACAUUCGAAGUGAAUUUGAAUCUGAAUUCAAACAAAUUGAGAAUGAAGCAACCGAGUUGGCUCGAAAAUGUGAUAUUACUACAGACUAUAAGCAGCACAGAAUACGUAAGAGAAGAAGAUUCCAUGAGGAAAUUGCAGAGGGUGAAGAAGAAAUAUUUGAUGCCCGGGAGAAAUUCAUAGUUGAAUCCUACUUAGUGUCCUUAGAGUCUGUUAUAAAUAGUACGAGUAAAAGAUUCGAGCAUUUUAAAAACGUGGCUGCCAAAUUUAGUGGUUUAGAUCCAAAGCAUUUUGACAAUGCGGAUAAUGUGAACAAAUUAGAAUUUUUGGCAGACAUGUACUCAGAUGUCAUCGACAGUCAAACCACAAUUGUGGAAGAGUUUCUUUCAUUUAAAGACAUGUACAAAGAGAUAAUGAGCACUAGCAGUAGGGUAAAGUCAAGUGCCGACGAGAGACUCACCAUCAACAGUGUGCUGAAAUUCAUGAUCGCCAAUGAUAUGUGUUCCAUUUAUCCUAACCUUUCGAGGUUGUACCACAUUUUUCUGACGUUGCCAAUAAGUAGCACAGUUGCGGAACGACCCUUCAGCCGACUCAAACUUAUUAAGUCCUACCUACGCUCUACAAUGGCUGAAGAUAGAUUGUCUGGGUUAGCUUUGCUCUCCAUUGAAAGACAAUUGGCUACCGAAGUAGAUUAUAAUAAAGUAAUAGAUAACUUUGCUAGAAUGAAGUUUAGAUGAAAGACGCUGUUGUAGCUGUUUCAUAGAUUAUCAUAUUGUUUUGAUCUUAUCUUUGAAAUAGAAAAUAAGUAAAUAACGCGUUUUUAUUGUUUUGAUUUUAUAUACAACAUAAAUAGAUGUCAUACUGUAAAACUUUUUAAAUUUCAAAUGCAAAAUAACACACGUACUUGUAAAACAAUAUCAUUCUUGUGGUUUUAUGUUAAGUACAAAAUAAAUAUGUAUAACGAAUUUAAAAGUAUGUAAUUAGUAAUUUGAUACAUUGGGUGGCGCCUUUUUUUAUGUGUUCGCUCCCCUUAUGGUAGAACCUGGCUACGCCACUGGUCCCGACUCCUCCCCUCUCAGAGCCAUGGUCCUGCUCCCAGCCUCAAGGGGGUGGGGCCAUAGAUGGGGAUAAGGCGGGGCACUGCACCCCUCCCCUAAAAGUGUUCCACUUGGCCCAGAGCAAUCCUAGCCUCCCCCCCUCUGCUUUGCUGGGCUAAACCGGCAACCGGCAGCCGGGAUGCUGGGCAGAUGCCCAUGUUGUGAAUUCCUUAACAUGUUACCAGGACAAUUUUAAUAGUGAAACGGUUACUUUUUAUAUCCUAUUUUCAUCCCUAGUCUGGACUCCUGCCUUGUAGCUUCUGAGCCCUUAGGCGGAAACCUCCACCUAGCCCCAAAGCUUCCGAAUAUUUGCGGUAAAAGAAUUCCCCUCUAGCUGCUGGGUGGGGCAGCCCCUCCCCCUCUCCUGCCCCAUGGGUGGGGAACUGCCCUUGUAUCUCUCUCUCUCCUUCUCCCCGACCCCCACCCUCUUUACCUCCCUCCCCUUGCCAGUCUGCUCUUGCUCUCACAGCCUCCCCUCCCCACAUCCCCUCUUUGCUUCCCAGUGACCCCCACACAUUCACAAUUUCCCUCUAUUGCAGCCCUGUUUCCAUCUAGCCCCUAAGUAUUCCCUGAAUCCCCUGCAUCGCCCCAUCCUCCCUUCAGCCACCAACUGCCCCCUGGAUCUGCCCCUGCCCCAUCCCUCAUCCCCCCUCAAUCCCACCUUAUCUACACCCUCUUCCCCUCUUCAGCCUGCUUUCAGCUUCCCCUCUCUUCCCCCUCCCCCAGGUGUGGCUGGUCCAGCCCCCAGCGCAGCGUGGAUUGUCUCCCCCCUGCUCUGCACACAGUGGGACCUGGCGGGUGUUGUAUAAGAAAUUGUUCUCUGUAGGAAUGUGCUACCUGUACCCGCUGCUGAUCUGUAACUGGUUUCUAAGAAACUGCUGUUGUAAAAACCUGCUCCCUGAUGUAGCAAAUGACUGCAGAUAGCAGUUUGUCCCCUGCACUCAUGGCAGGACUAAGUAUUAUCUAGACCAGGGGUCGGCAAGCUACGGCACGCGUGCCAAGGGUGGCACGCGAGCUGAUUUUGCCUGGCAUGUGGCUGCCAGCCGGGGUCCCGGCCGCUGGCCC